ACGUUGCAAAUGGCGGAGACGCUGAGGCGGGUGCUAAGUCGGGGAAGAGCAGCUGGGCCCGGAGAGGAGAAUACAGCUGAGGCCGGACCGCCUCUGCUGCUGCUAGGCGGUCCGGGCUCUGGAAAGACAGCGCUGCUAUUCGCAGCGGCCCUAGAGGCGGCGGGGGAGGGCCGAGGCCCUGUUCUCUUCCUAACCCGGAGGCCUCUUCAGAGUCUUCCCCACGGCGCUGGAGGCGCACUCGACCCCCUGCGAUUACAGAAGAUCCGCUUCCAGUAUCCACCCUCAACUCGUGAGCUUCUGCGGCUCUUGUGCUCUGUCCAUGAGAUUCAUGGCCCAGCCCCCUCUCUCUUGCUACUGGACGGGCUGGAGGAAUACCUAGCGGAAGACCCAGGGCUCCAGGAAGCCGCCUACCUGGCUGCUCUGCUUCUGGACACAGCUACCUACUUCAGCCACUGGGUUGGGCCGGGCCGGGAUUGUGGGCUCAUUGUGACCCUCCAGACCCAGGAGGAGGGAGAAAGUGGAGAUGCUCUGCAGCUGUCGCUGUUCCAGCGCUAUUUCCCUGCCCAGUGCUGGCUGCGGCCGGAUGUACUAGGCCCAGGACAGCACGGCCUCCGGGUCUGCCUUGAGCCAGGAGGGCUGGGCCCCAGGGCAGAGUGGUGGGUGGCUUUCCGACCAAAUGGAGAGAUGACCAUCACCCCAUGGCUCAGUCAAGCUAAUGACCCCAGCUCAGACCAAGGUGUGUAGCAACUGCUCUAUGCGUUCGUUUCUCAUGGCUGGAAUAGUUACCUCAGGGACAUGUGCAAAUUCAAAGACCUAAAGAAUAUAAAGUGCUUUUUCCCCUUUAAAAAUAUCAUUUUCAUGUACAUAAUAUACCCAACCAACAUAUCAUUCAGUUUUGCUGUUUUGAACUUUAUAAAGAGUUUUGCAAUAA